GAAAGAGAGAGAAGAUAGAGGGAGCGAGGGAGAGGCGAGGGCGUGCUCUGUGUGUGUGUGUGUGUGUCUGUGAGAGAGAGAGAGAUCCAUGAAGAGGGAAGAGGUCGAGGAGAAGAAGGGGGGCGCGUACCUGAGCGUGGCGUCGAAACCUUGUGACUCGUGCCGCGUGUCGGCCGCCCUCCUCUACUGCCGCGCCGAUGUUGCCUACCUCUGCCGCGGGUGCGACGCUCGCGUGCACGGCGCCAACGGCCUGGCCUCCCGCCACGAGCGCGCCUGGCUGUGCGAGGUCUGCGAGCAUGUCCCCGCCGUCGUCACCUGCAAGGCCGACGCCGCCGCCCUAUGCGCCGACUGUGACGCCGACAUCCACUCCGCCAACCCCCUCGCUCGCCGCCACGAGCGUAUCCCCCUGCUUCCCUUCCUCGGCCCUGCCCCCAAGCCCCCUGCCACCGGACGCGUAGGCAGCGGCGACGACGAAGAGACGGACGCCGAGGCCGCCUCAUCCCUCCUCCCCCAAGAGGGCCCGGUGCUCCGAUCGGCCGCGGAGUUCUUCUUCUCCGACGCUGAUGCUUACCUGGAUCUCGACUACGGCUCGUCGAUGGACGAGAUGAAGACCGUCGUGGGAGCGGACCAGCCGUUCUUCCUGGCACCUGGUGGUGACUAUUUCGAUCUCAAUAUCGCCGGAUGCAAACAAGAAGCCGAUCAUUCCUUAUGCCACAGCGUGUCGUCGUCGGAGGCAGCCGUGGUGCCGGACGUGUCGCAGCCAUCGGCGGUGGGGAUGCCGUGUGAUCCGGCGGCAGCACGGUUGGACCGGGAGGCACGGCUGAUGCGAUACAGGGAGAAGCGGAAGAGCCGGAGGUUCGAGAAGACGAUAAGGUACGCGUCGAGGAAGGCCUACGCGGAGGCGCGGCCAAGGAUCAAGGGGCGGUUCGCGAAGCGGACGGAGGUGGAGGCAGAGGUCGGCCGGAUCUACUCAUCGGCGGCGGAUGCUGUGGCGGCCCUCAUGGCGGAUGACGACUACGGCGUUGUGCCAUCAUUCUGAAGCCUCCCAUAUCUUCUAGGGAGCAAAGCGGGAAAACGUAGGCUGAUACAGAAAGAACGCAUGCAUGCAUGCAUGCAAGCAACGUGGAGGAAGGAGCGAAUGGUUGGAUGAGACUGCACGCCUGCCUUUGGUACUGUGUAUUAUUGAAUGAAUAUGAACAUUAUUGUGGAAUCCAUGUUGUGACUGUAAAAUUUGUAGUGAAUCGUACAAACUGUAUCUAUCAAGUAGACUGUGAUCUUAAGCUAUUAGUUGGAGGAUAUAUGAUGACCAUGAAGAAU